CGCGCUAACAGUUUGCGCCCGCAAUUUGCGGGCCUCCUUAACGAUAAAUAUAAUAACGUCAACGUAUAAUUGCGAUACGAAAAACAUCUGUGAAGAUAAUCAGCUUUAAAAAUUAUUUCUCUUGGUAUAUAUAUAUAUAUAUAACGAUUUGUUACGAGUAAAACAAAAUGGAUAUUACCUUAGACGAUAAACUGUCCGCACUUCAGCAAAUCAAUCAGCAGAAACUUGUGAAGACACUAGAUACCAUCCCAGGCUCAAAGGAUUUGAUAAUAGAACAGAAACUGAUGAAAAUAUUGGACAGUUUCGUAGGAGUGACUGUAUUAAAGCAAUACGGAGUGAACAAGAUUUAUAAAUUGGAAGAAGGAAUGAAGACAUCAAACAGUCAACGUAUAUUCUUAGUAUCUAACAGCUUGAUCGCAUGCAAAAGGGUCCUAGAUCAAAUACAGUCUGAAAUAUCCCUAACUGGCAAACACGUUCAAGUAUGCCAUCAUUUGUUGGUCGUGCCGUUCAUCCCACCUGUCUUACACAAUCUAGUCGAAGAGGAAGGCUUGUCCGAGCUACUUACAUUGCAGACGUUUUCCAUAGAAUUCAUAAGAUUAGACGGAAACGUUUUAUCGUUGGAAAAUCCAAUGUUUGUCGAGCUCUACUAUCAUAAAGACACAAGUUCUCUGCGAGCGUUAGUACGCAAUCUGUGGUCGUUGCAAUUGAUACUCGGCUCGCCGAGGCUCUCACUUUUUCUCGGCAAGCACAGCCAACAAAUGAGCAAGUUGAUGGAAUCUAUGGAGCAGAGUCUAGGUUUAUCUAGUCUAGAAAACGAGGUUGGCGCCUUCAUUGUGAUGGACAGGAGUUUUGAUCUGGCUACAACUCUCCUGACGCCCGUAACAUACGCGGGCUUGUUGAACGAAGUUGUGGAAAUAAAUGUCGGCAUAGCGACGUUGGAAAAAUCGCAGACCAGAUUAGAUCCGAAUAAAGAUCAAAUCUAUGGAGAAGUGAGAGAUACACCCUGCAGUGAUGCUUUCCCGAUUUUACACAGGAAGGCCAAGUCACUCAAAUCUGAACAGGAAGCGAUACAGACAAUGAAGUUAGCCGAGAUGGAGAGAUAUGUGUCGACGAGAUUGCAAAGGACCAGAGACAUGACUCAGCAAUUAGCAUUUCAUAUAUCCGCAUGUCAGGCCAUCGCGGACACGGUAGGCUCAGAGUUUCAAGUUUUGCAAACGAUUGAAAAACUGAUGCUCGACUGCAAGGACCGAAAAGAAUGUUUGAGCCACAUUGAGAGGAAUAUAGAUGAGCAUGAGUUGCGAUGUUUGCGUCUCCUUUGCCUGUUAUCUAUCACUACUGAUGGUGUCACGCAAAACGAGAUUUUAGAUAUCCAAAAGAUGCAUCUUCAUACUCAUGGUUAUCAGCAUAUCCCACUGUUCUACAAGCUGCGCACAACUGGCUUGCUAAAGUACAGGAACGAAUAUAUUUUACAUAAACUGCCGAACUGGAGCAGCGAGUGGAGCAGCAAUGCGCAAAAAUUGAAAAUGUUACCUGGUUCUUCAAAACGAUCCGAUCAGAACAGUCGUACUUGUCCUAGCUACGUAUUCAAUAACGCUUAUAUACCCGCAAUAGCACAAAUAUUAAAUAUUGUAUUGAAUCAGGAGAAGGAUCCUCGCAGCUUCGAGGAUUUGACAAAUCUACCGACUUGCAUUGUAAAUGGUCACCGGGGCGCAUUAUCGCCAAAAAUGGUCGUGAUCUGUAUAAUAGGAGGCAUUACUUGCGCAGAAAUAGCGGCUUGCCGGCUCAUAGAGAAGUCUACAGGGAUACGCCUCGUUCUUACAUCCGACACUAUUCUAACGGGUAACAAACUCAUCCAGAGGAUAAAAAAGAUUUAAAGACUCGUGGCAUCUGUCAGGAAUGUAAAAAUGUUUUUUUCGUGUAAUAAAUUAAUUAAAAUUAC